AUGAAAUCCCACAAACUAACAUGUGAGAUUUGUGAGUCACCCACGGCAAGAUCAGUACAUUUUGGUGCCCGUUCAUGCAAAGCGUGUGCCGCGUUUUUUCGCCGAACUGUGGCACUCAAUGUUGUCUACGAGUGCAAGGAACCAGCGCCUUGUAGAAUUCACUACGAAAAGCGUAUGGCCUGUAAGAAAUGUCGUUAUGACAAAUGUAUUGCAGCCAACAUGAGUCGUGAAUUGGUGAGAUCUACAGGAGGCGCUGAAAGGAUUUCGCCUGCUAGGAGGGAAAGUACAUCAAAAACUCAGGAGACUGCAUUCGAAUUUGCGGAAUUUACUGAGAGUACAGCUGCGGGGGACUCGCUAGGACCAACUGAAUAUCCGGAAGUAUUGCGUAUUCCUAUAGCCCCAGAACAAGGGAAGGAAAGCCGCCGGUGGGUCAUUGAUCACUACAAACGGAUAGAAGGUACUCUAAACAACCGACGAAGAAUAAUGUACACUGAUGCGAAGAUGAUUAAUGUUUUCUCGACAAUGUGCGAAUGUCCGUACGAGAAACGACAUCUGAAGCCUCUGAACUACAGAGAGUACAUUGGCAACAAUAGGUCAGACUUCAUAAUGUUAUACGAUUAUGCUAUCGCUUUCCUCCAGUUUGAUGACCUAGAACCAUUUGAAAAGCAUGCUCUUUAUCGAUACGUUUGCGGUGUUGAUUCAUUAUUAAACUCGGCUUAUUUCACUUGCUGUCUUUCUUACGAAGACAACUGGAUGGUGUUAAAUUCUUGUGAGUACAUUUGUGUUGACCCGAUGCCGAUGACCGGUGAUGAACCGUGGGCUCAACAUUUGUUCGCCAGUAAAGAAGACGAGGCCAAGUACAAAUCAAUCGUACCGCGGAAAGCAUCGCUGUGGCACAGUUUGGUAGUGCCAUUUCAUCGGCUCAAUCUUAAGUUCGAUGAGUUUUGCCUUCUAAAGGCACUCAUUUGCUGGCAUAUUGGUCAUUAUAAAUUUGGCGACAAUGGGCGAAGAAUAUGUUGCAAACAACGUAAUUUGCUUAUAAAGUGCCUCAACGACCUUGCUGUUGAAAGAACGAAUUGUCCAGAAGAGCGAAUCGGGGACUUGAUCUUGUUCAUAUCGUGCGUUUUUCAACAAAUGUUGGAGCUUGUCAAUUCAUUGGUUAUGAUCACAUUCUUCGAUAUCUUCGAAUAUGACGAUGUUAUGAGAGAGUUCUUCACAUUCGACAGUUUUUAA